ACAAGGAAGCCUCAGUUCUUCUUUGAUCUCGGUUUGAUCUCAGCGGAGUACUUUGCAAAGCUAAUCUUCGAAGAGCGACGAAUUCACGGGAAGAAUGAUGGUGUACUUCUUAUUCGCCGGCUGCAUUGUGCAACUGCUGCUUGGUGUUCUCGAGGAGCCGUUUGUCUCGGCUGCAACAACGAGAGGAUACGACCCCGCACAGACAACCUCCGCCGCGGAUCUGAACGGGGGCGCACAGGACGCGGCCGCGAGCAUCAAUAAUCCGGAAUCCGGCUGCCCGUGCUUGACAUCGGUCAAUAGCUCGACGAUCCCCGGACAAUCGGACUGGAUGACGCAACAGAGCCGGCAACGUCUCGAGCAAUUCUACACUCAAAACGUGAUGUUGCACGGCAUGAUGUGUUCGUGCAACGUGGCCAUGCACGGCGCUCCAAUGAGAGACGAUUAUCAUUACGCGGUAGGUAUCGGCGCGCAUAAGUUGCACACGAGGGCCGCCACGUGGAACGACGCGAGGAAGUUCUGUAAUGAGGAGGGUGGUCAUCUCGCCAUCAUCAAUUCUAUCGCUGAGGAGCGUAUACUAUUGGACGUAUUUAAUCGUUCUGGACCGAUCAAGGGCGCAGCUUAUCCCGACGAGGCUUUUUUAGGUAUACACGAUCUUUAUGCAGAAGGAGAAUGGGUUACGGUGUUGGGUGAUUCGUUGGCAAAAACCGGUUAUACCAGGUGGAGCGAUAAGUGGGGCGGACAACCCGACAAUGGAGGUGGCAAACAGCACUGUGGUGCCCUAAUGAAAGAGGGUGGCAUGGAUGACGUCGCGUGCGAUGUCCCAUUUCCAUUCCUCUGUGAACUUCCGCUGAUGCGAGUUUUACAAUAAGAAAAAAUAGGAAAAAAAAAAUAGCGGCUCAGUGCACCUUUAAAGAUUAAGCUCUGCAUAAGGUCUAUAUACUCUCCUUGUGUAUCUGCUUUUAUGGCGGCAUUCCGUGAACAUCACAUCCACAAAGGGUCUUUUUCUAGAAUAUACACACAAAUAUACACAUAUACACACAGGGUGUUGGUUU